AUGGAAGUGACCGGCCUCGCCGUUGGUGUUGUCGGACUCGCUGGUCUCUUCAGCGUCUGCUUGGACUCACUGUCUCGCUUUCAAACUUACCGCGAAUCAAAUUCCGAGACCCAUAUCUUAGAAACCCGAUUCCGAGCGGCUAGGGCCCGAUUUGAACAGUGGGGUGUCAGCGUUGGCAUCUCCAAUGGUCGCCUCCAGUCAGAUCACCAUCUUGGACUCGAUAACGAAGAGACGACACAUCUGAUUGAGAGCAUCUUGCAAAUCAUAGCCAAGACUAUCUGCGAUGAGUCGAUUCUCCAAAGAACUCGCACUGGACCUCGGUUCCAGAGCGGGCAGUUCGGAGGCCUGUCACAAUCAAGAGGCAAGCGAUUGAAAUGGACCCUUGGUGGUAAGGAGAGCCGCCUUGAGCAAGUCGACAUGUUCGAGAAGCUGGUGCAGCAGCUUUACAACUUGAUUCAACCAGAGGACAAAAACCAAAGUUAUGAAGGACUGGAGAGCACAGCGUGGGUAGAGGAUAUUCGCCAAAUGCUGAGCAAGAUUGAGGAGGGCAUGAAGUUCGAAAUGCAGCGCGAUGUAUUGUCAUGGCUCGGAAAGUCCGCUCCCAACGACAAAUACGAAGAUUCCUUGGCCAAGCGAGUCAACACAACAUGCGAAUGGAUAUUAGAAAGACCUACAUUCAAAUCGUGGCUCUCACCAGUGGACUCAACUGAGCCACACGUGCUGUGGAUAAACGGGCCUGCAGGUUUCGGAAAGACCGUCUUGUGUGCCCAUAUCGUUCACUAUUUAUCUGAGGCUCUCGAUACGCCGCGCCAAGUUGCCAUUAACAGUAACGACGCAUUUGAAUGUAUUCGUCGCGCCUGGGAAAAUGACUCUUCUGAGCAGGCCUCCCGAAAGACACUUAUCGAUCUAUUCAAGCAAAUUAUCGCAGCAGUACCAGGUUGCGUAUUCAUCGCAGACGGACUGGAUGAGUGCUCUCAGUUGAGUAACGGAGACGCAUCAGUUGCUAGGUUCCUACGAGACAUCAUGGGAGCCAUAGCAAGUAUCGAUGUCAGUCUUCUGCUCGUCAGUCGAGACGAGCCGGAAAUCAGAGAAGCCCUUGAAGAGCAUAAAGAAACUUUGUCAGAAUACAGGAUCGGCACGAAUGAUGUUCAGGCCGAUACGGCGGCCUUUUCCCAGUCUGUGGUAGAUAGGAAACUAUGGGGCAAAAGCGAGGAUCUACGGUUAGCAAUCUCAAAGUCUAUGACCAAUAAGUGCCAAGGACAGUUCUUGUGGAUCAGAAUGCAAGAGCAGUCUUUGCGGAACACAAUGAGCUGGAAACGACUUCACGAAGUGGUGGAUAAUACACCUUCCGGCAUUGAUAGCCUUUAUGACCAAAGCUGGAGUCGGAUCAUGAGAAUGCUGGAUCAUGACCGAGAUCGGACCUUCGCUCUUCUACGUUGGACUGCAUUCAGAAUCGAACCUCUUCCUAUCUAUGCAGUCGUCGAAGCUGUACUAAUCGAUCAGUUUGGAGAGCUGGACCCUAAUGACUACCCCGAGAAUAUUGACGACGAGUACGUCGCGGGCGAAAUACUAGGACUCUGUGGUCCCUUUGCGGAAAUCCAUGACGACGAGGGGGGACCAUUACCAGCAUAUGCGACACUUCACGUACCGCAUUUCUCCGUGCGCCAAUACCUUAUCAAGCAUCUACCGGCACCCAUGUGGAUGCAGCCAAAAGACUUAAUAAGUAAGGAAGGUGAAAUAAUUCACCAUACAGCCAUAGCACGGGCUUGCAUUCUAUAUCUGAGCUUGCCGCAAGUCUGGGACGACAAUGAUGAUCCUGAUCUUUGUUUGAAAGCCUUCCUUCCCUAUGCCGCGUACUUUUGGGCGCGGCACGCCAGGUUAGGCUUCAUGGAUCCAUCGCUUCGAGAUCUUUCGAAAGCUUUCUUGAAAAUUAACAAUAUAUGUUUCAAGUCGUUCACGAACUACCUUGCGUAUGAGGGGGGCUCAAGGUCGGCUCCGGACCCAGCCUUUCACCCACAGCUUCGCCCUUUUGACCACGUAUGCUAUGAAGGAUGGAUUAACAUGGCAGAUUGUCUCAUUGGCGACGUAGACGUAAACGACAUUGGUUUUCUCGGGCGUUCAGCCAUCUUUUUGGCACGCUCGUCCGGCUCCGCAGAAUUAGUGAAAUUGCUUAUUCGACACGGUGCUAACUUGAGCAUAACAGACGUCAGUGGAUUUACAUGCCUUCACGUUGCAGCCUAUCAUGGUUUCGAAGACAUUGUCCGGAUCUUGGUGCAGUCCAAAAUCAACGUGUCACCACAGAUCAAGAAUUGCUUUACGCCACUACAUCUUGCGGCCAGAGGGGGCAGCAUCAAAUGCUACCAGUAUCUGCUGGAGCAAGGGGCUGAUGCCAGUAUUAGAGAUCCGGAGGGCGGUAAUAUUCUACACCACGCAUGUGCUACUGCUGGCCAUGCUGAUUUAUUGAAAUUCAUCCUUCACAAUGGGCCUGACGCCCUAGCAACGGACCAUCUGUGCAACAUAGGUUCACCGCUACUUAUUACAGCUGAAACUGGUGACAUCGAAAUGGUCAAGGUUCUAUUUGAGUUUGGGGCUGUGUCUUCCUUAUUCAUUCCAUCCUGCGAUGGGGAGUUGCCGCUUCAAGUUGCAGCAGCUUCAGGCCAUAUCGAACUAGUGGAGCUCUUCCUAGAGCACGGUGCAGAAAGCACACUGUCAAUGCCGAAUGCAGAUGGCAGUACGGCACUUCAUCUUGCGUGCUCUAAGACAGGGCGUGACAAAAUCAUCAAUCUUCUUCUUCGCCCAGGCAUCGAGGAAUCAAUACUGAUAGAGAACGAAAAGGGAGACACACCACUACACGUGGCAUCGGCAUUGGGCUACGCCAGUUAUGUCAAGUUGAUACUCAAAUACUCUGACCCAGAACACCAGCGCCUUCUGGAAAUGCAGAACAAAAAGCUCGAGACGCCUUUGUACCUUGCAUCUUCUUUGGGUAAUGUCGCUGUCGUCCGCGAACUACUCAACUUUGGAGCUCAGAUAAUCCUUUCAGUUUCCAAUGAAAUGCGUAAAACGCCUUUGCUUAUUGCAGCAGAGAGAGGUUAUGUGGAUGUCGUGAAGGCACUCCUUGCACACGGCGCAGAAAGUACUAUACAAAUCUUCGGCCUUGACAAUAGUAGUCCAUUAUGGGCGGCGUCAGACGGAGGUUUCAGCGACAUUGUAAAGGAACUGCUCUCCUGCGGAGCAGGAAGAACCAUUACAGCUUCGAAUUCAGAAGGCGAGACACCUUUACAUGUCGCCGCGAGUCAGGACUAUGUCGAAGUGAUGAAGCUUCUUCUGGAAGUGCCCGGUGUCCCCGUGAGUCAGACGACUCUAUAUGGAUUCUCGCCUCUGUUUAUUGCCUCAAGAAAUGGAUAUCUUAGCCUGGUAGAGUUACUGCUUUCCGCAGAUUCAGUCGAUAAGGACAGCGAAAACUGGCUGGGUCUGAGCCCCUUAUUCUCAGCGGUGGCGAACGGGCAUUUAGAGGUCACAACACUCCUCCUCUCCAAAGGAUGCCACUUACAACAUCGGGUCAGCAUUGGUGGAGAUUUGCUCUGGUGGGUCCAGCGCUCAAAUGAACCCAACCUGAUACAGCUACUGGAAACACAAGAAACCCUCCGAGGUACCCCUAACGGCUCAUGCAGUCCUCCGUCUGGUCCGUUUACCAUCGUGUAG